GUGUGGCUGGAGCGGCACUGCAGAGGAUUUGCUGCGUGUUUUUUUCCAACAGCGCGCCGACACCCUUGGAGCAGUCAGUGUGGCAAAACGAAUUACAGCCGUUAUUACAGUUAAACCCAUCGGGACGUUAGCAACAACAACCCAUACGCAAGAAAUAUGAGUCACGAAUGAGGUCCACAGGAUGUCGUUCAAGAAGGAGACGCCCCUGGCUAAUGCUGUGUUUUGGGCAGCUCGAAAGGGGAACUUGGCCCUGCUUCAGUUACUGCUCAACAGUGGCCGUGUGGAUGCCGACUGCAGAGACAGUUUUCGCACCACAGCCCUGAUGGUGGCGUCCUACAAUGGCCACAGUGACUGUGCCAGGGAGCUGAUCAUGCAGGGAGCUGACAUUAACCUGCAGAGAGAGACAGGCUCCACUGCCCUCUUCUUCGCUUCCCAGCAGGGACACAGUGAAGUAGUAAAGCUCCUCUUUGAAUUUGGUGCCUCAACUGAAUUCCAGACAAAGGACGGUGGCACAGCCCUCUCUGCAGCCUGUCAGUAUGGCCACUCUAAGGUGGUAGACACUCUUUUGAAGAAUGGAGCCAAUGUUCAUGACCAGCUGCAUGAUGGUGCCACCCCACUCUUCCUUGCUUCCCAGGAGGGUCAUGUGACUGUCAUACGUCAACUGCUGUCAUCUGGAGCCAAAGUUAACCACCCUAGGGAGGAUGGCACAGCCCCCCUGUGGAUGGCAGCCCAGAUGGGACACAGUGAAGUAGUGAAGGUUUUACUUCUGCGUGGUGCAGAUCGGGAUGCUGACAGAAAAGACGGGUCAACUGCAUUAUUCAAGGCAGCUUUCAAAGGACACAACAGUGUCAUUGAGGAGCUCCUCAAGUUUUCCCCUUCAAUGGGCCUUCUCAAGAAUGGUUCCACAGUCCUCCACGCUGCUGUCAUGGGUGGCAAUCAUAAAAGUGUAAACCUUCUGCUCGGGGCCAAUGCAGACCCCACACUACCCAACAAGAACAAUGAACUGCCAGCAGAUCUUACAAAGAGUGAUCGCAUCCUGAGUGCUCUGCGACCACAACUCUUAAAUGGAAGUAGUUGAUGACAAUCCUAGUUCCCACCUUAGACCAUGGUUGUUUUAUGGAGAGAAAUGCACCGAGGGCUCCGAACAACAGAGAACAAACUAACAGGAUUCAGUCACACUACAAUACUUAUAUGGUGCUUGCUUUCAAUUGCAGCUUCAGAAAACACAAUGCUAUUUGGAGUAAACGUAACUGGACAUAUCAAUAUGUAGCCUACUACCAAAAUGCAUCCAUUUGUGGCUAGAGUUAUUUUGCCAUGUACAUCCUUUUGUUUGAGGUGUUGUUCUAACUUUGCUGUAUAGUUUUAGUUUCUAAAAUAUUGUAUCCUGGUGCUGUGAUAUUUCUAAAUAUUUUGCAUUUUUUUAUUUCUGCAAUUUUAGUAAAUGCAAUACUGUACAUUGGGUUAAAUAAAAUAUGAAUGUGGAAGAAAAAACAA